AUGUCGAGCCUAGAACUCUUCUCCGGCUGGGCGGACGACAACGAUGACGACGAGAGUAACGACAGCGCUGCCCGCCCGGCGGGUCUGAUGGCGACGGCGGAGGCGGUGGAUGAAGAGGUGACGGCGACGGGUGGCAGAGUCCCGCGCCGCGCGCGGCUCAGCAAGAGCAACCCGCAGGUUAAGGCGUAUGCGCAGAUGCUCGAGUCGCAGCAGACGCAGAUCGCGUCGGAAGUGGGCGUGGCGUCGGACAAAAUGGCUUACAGUGGUCGACACCACCGAGUUGAACGAGUCGUUCCGAACAACGUGCACCCUAUCCCUAUCCCCACCUCUGCCCCUGUUCCCCCGCGCUCCCUUGCGCCCCAUACUAUUCCCCCGCGCAGCUACAAGUAUUCGUCCAACGGUUUCUCGGCGGAGCUCACGGCGGAGCAGCUGCGGCGGCUGAAGCGCCACCCCGCCGUGGCGUCCGUGCGGCCGAGCGCGCGCAAGCGCCUCUUCACCACCGAGUCGCCCACCUUCCUCGGCAUGAACAGCGCCGGUUCGCUCUGGCCCGCGAAUGGCGGGCAGGCAAAAGCGGGAGACGGCACGGUGAUCGCAAUCAUCGACACGGGCAUCUGGCCCGAGCACCCGUCGUUUAGCGACGCGGGAUUCUCCUCGUCGCGGCCCGCCGGGUGGUCGGGGAAAUGCGACACGACGGAGGACUUCAAGUGCAACAACAAGCUCAUCGGAGCGCGCGCGUUCUAUAAGGCGUAUGAAAGCGCCAACGGGCUGGAUCUAUCCGGGGAUUGGCUGUCUCCGCGCGACGCCGACGGCCACGGCACGUGGUGUGCGGGGGCGGCAGCGGGCAACCAGGGCGUGCCCAUGGCGGGCGGCAAGGCGAGCGGCAUGGCGCCAGCAGCGCGCCUCGUGGCUUACAAGGUCUUUUGGUCGAACGGCGAGGACAUUUGGGCGGAGGAGGCGGACAUCAUGGCAGCUGUUAAUCAGGGCGUGGCGGACGGUGUGGAUGUGAUCUCGCUCUCCCUGGGCUUUGUGAACCCCGAAGACACCUACUUUGACGACAUCGCCUUCCUCAACGCCAACCUGGCGGGGGUGGUCGUGACCUUUGCUGCGGGCAACGACGGCCCUCCACAGGGUUACCGCACGCUUGACAACUAUGCACCCUUUUACCUCACAGUGGGGGCCAGUCUGAGAGCACAGAGGUCGGGGCGCUUGCAUUGCUUUCUUACCAACCUUCCCCCAAUAUCCCCCCAACCUCCCCGCUUCUCCCUGCCCCACCCUCACACUCCUCCCCCUCCCCCCAGCUCCAUUGCCCGAGGCGGCCUCACUCUCGCCAGCUCAGUAGGUGCAUCCAGGUCAGCAGCAUCCACCAAUCUGACGUCAGCCUCCGCCACGUCAUCUGCCACGUCCUCCGCCAAGCCCUCAGCCGGCGAUUCCGCCCCCAACGUGGCCGAAUUCUCCUCCGCCGGCCCCCUCGUCUUCCCAGACGUCGGCACCGGCAACGGCCUGGCCACCGACUCGAUCUUAAAACCCGACAUUGUCGGCCCGGGCGUGGAUCUCUACGCUGCAGCCCCGGGCAGCAGCGUGGGUGACAAGGGCGGGUCCGCGCAGAUGUCCGGAACGUCCAUGGCGACGCCGCACCUGGCGGGGAUCGCUGCGCUGGUGAUGCAGAAGUACCCUUCUUGGAGCCCUGCGCAGGUCAUGUCUGCCAUCAUGACCACCGCCACCACCAAGGAUGUUAAUGGUGCUGCCAUCUCUACCGCCUAUGGGAAAGCUGCUACUCCGUGGGAUAUGGGCGCGGGGCAUGUGUUCCCUCCCAAGGUUCUGGACCCCGGGCUGACGUAUGACGCUCGGAAGAGCACGUAUUUGAAUUUCCUGGCUGGGCUGGACAUGCAGAGGACCCAGUCAGAGUACCCGAAUGAAAAGCUCACCUCUGUGCCGCCCAGAGAGCUCAACCGGCCGACCAUCGCACUUGCCAGUCUCAAAGGCAAGACAACAGUCACACGCACCGUCACCUGUGUGGCUGACUCCGCCUCCACUUACUCUGCCAAGAUCCAGAAGCCUAAGGGGGUGGAGGUGACUGUGAAGCCCAGCAGCUUCACCAUCUCGCCUGGUCAGAAGGUCAGCUACGUGGUGACCUUCAAGGUGACUAAGGCCUCGAAGAAUUUUCAAUAUGGGAGCCUCACUUGGGUGGAUGAGAAGGGUCACUCUGUGCGGUCGGCCAUUGCCGUCAAGCCUGUCAGAAAGUGA